CCCCUCGUGUCCUUUCCAUUGCGUCUUGCAAGUUAGUCAGUGUGCAUUCAACAGUUCUCUCUCACGACCAGUCGGUGAUAUUGGUCAGUGCCCUCCGAGACGCGCUGUCGACUAGACCACACGCGGUACUUACAUACGUUUCUCUCCCCGAGAGAGAGAGAGAGAGAGAGAGAGAGCCUGAACUUCGUAUCACACAAUAUCUCUCACGCGGAGCAGUGUUCGAAUUUUCUCGCCGAUAAGAACGCCGAUAAGAACAAAACGAUUCGAGGAAACACCUGGUCUAGCGCACAAGAGUUCGUGUAUUAUUUAAUUAAAAAAAACAAUCCGAGUCGCAUCGAUCGUUUUCGAUUUGUCUGAUAGAUUUUAAGCUCAAUUAAACGAGUUACUUCCGCGAGUUUGUUACAAUCGAUUUCAGGGGCUACUUGAGGCUUUUUGCUUUGUGAGUAACUUUGCGAUAAAGUAAACUACGUUGUUAGCGCCGUCGAGGAAGAAACAUUAUAAUUCGACGCUUCGCGAUAACAAAUACGCGCAAUUCGUAUUUGUUUUUUUAAUUUUUUUUUUUUCCAUAAAAGUUACGCUGCAAUCACUGGUUCGUCGUGUGAGAACGGCGCUUUAUCGACAACGUGAAUAACGCGUGUAUUAUAUGAAUCUAUAUGUGCUGAGCGGCUCGUAACAACACGCGCCUCAAGAUAAAUACUCUUGCAACAUUGCGAGACUCAAGUUGACCUCUUUUUUUUCUUCGAUGUAAAUCUAUCUCUUUUUCUCUCUUCUCGUCUUCCUACCGAGAAUUGACUUCGAUAACGCGGCGCUGAUCCCAGCACGAGAGGAAAGAUACGAGGAUUCUCACUGGAUGUUUCAAAUACAUAUCCUUCUCGCGCGAACAGUUUCGUGAAUUUUAUCUCGCGGAUAUUAUUAAAAAAUUCCGUAUCGCGAGAAAAUGUCCCGUCUUCGCGCGAAAUCGGCUCGGAAGGAACAAUGACUCGACGCGCGAAUCGCUCGCGCCGGCAUUGAAAAGCGCCGUUCUUUUCCGGCGCUUUCUGCGUAUCGACCUUGCGGGAAAUGCGCGGCGGAGCGAUCUGGGAACACGACGACGCUUCCUCGGGUCAUCUAUUUAUAAAUGGAGCCUUGCGCUCGUCCGCCCGAGAGAGUUCACCCGAGUUGCUCGCGGCCGAAAGAAACGAGGCGGAAACGUCUCUGUUGACAAUACGAAUUUCUGCCAACGAGGGUUUUUUAUUUUUUCGUGAGAUUCUUCUUUUGUGUUCUUUUAUUUUUUUUUUUUUCCGGGAUACGCGGAAAAUAUACCGUGCCACUCUAUCGCAAAGAAACUCCAAGUUAACUCUUAUACGAUAAUUCGCGAGUCUCAGUUCAAAAAGCAAACGAAAAAAUAGACAUCGGUUCCAUUCCCGUCGUGUUUCUCACAUUCCGCAGAUUAAAAACAAAACAAACAAACAAAAAAAAUUAAUUGGAUUAAAAUCGAGGACGGAGUUUUUCUCUCUCAGGGAUUACACACACUUGUGUGUUUCCAAGAUCGGGUUUUGUUUAUUUCGUAUUAUUGUUUUGUUGCGCACACGCAUGCACACACACGCUUCGCGACGAAGGAAUAAUAAUCAACUUGUUUGUCUUGUUCGCAAUGUUUACGUUUCAACGAAUCCGUGUCAAUCUCAUGCAAAUUACACACGCGUCGAGCUAACUGCGUUGUACACUGCGUGAAAAACUGAUCACCCAUGACGCAGUUCCAAUUUGCUUCCUCGGAAAUACAACUUUUCACCUAUCCGCGCGUUUUUUUUCGCGAGAUUUUUCUUGGUCCGCGAAGUUUCGUGUUUUUUUCGUCAUUUUUUUAACAGUCGGAAUAUUACGAUUGGUUGGAGUCGGAAAUAUAAAGGUUGAUAUUCUCUGAAUAUUAUCCGUGACGCACAAAGAUCGGGAUCGAAUAAUCAGCCCUGAUCGCGAACUCUUUGCCAACACGACGCAAAUAUAUAUACGACGUGUCGAAAAAAUUUGCCGCUUCGUUCGCGGACGAAAACAGGCGGUCGUCGAGCGCCACGUUGCAUUCUAUUAAUAUCUCGUCAUUGCGGGCUUUUUGUACAAUAGACAAGUGUCGAGGGUUACGACGAGCUCUCUCUCUCCUCUCGUUGGUUCAUUGAUCACAUCGUGAGAGAACCGACGCAUCGACGGGAUCGAGCGCGUUUUGAGACUCAGUUCAGAGACCGUUCGGAAGCAGAACGAUCGAAAUAACAUUCGGUGAAGGAACAAGUAACUAAUCGCGAGAAGCAUUAGCCGCGAGUAACAAUUAAUUUAAAAAAAAAAAAAAAAACGCUAUUAAUUUGCUAUUCAUUUAUAAUUAGUCGUCGAACGGUCAUCAUUGUCAGUCGUUUGUUUUUAUGUAUUUUCGUUUCGAAUACGCAAACUCGGGAGUGAAAAAUAGAGAAUUUUUAUUACCGAGUCAAUUAUCUUAAGUGUGUGUAUGUGGGUUGUCGUUUUUAUCUUGUGUAUCUUCGACGAUCGAUUGUUUCAAGUGUUUCUUUCGAACAGCGACGUCGUGCAAACACAAGUGUGAGAAUCGAAAGUUAUAUAAAAACUGACUUGCAAGGACGCGUGUAAUUUUAUUAUUUGCGUAUAAGCGAUUCGUGUUGAACGAAUAACGCACGCAAUUCCCGAGAAAUGGGAAAUGAGAACGAAACUCUCGAGGUGUACAAGCGCAAUUCCGUCACCGAGUGGUUGCAGAAAACCGGACAAGUCGCAGAUUCCUCUGCGGACAAUGGUAGCGAAAGCCCGAUUUUCGGAAUUGCGGAAAGUGGCGGACCUGGCACGGGAAGUGGUGCCACCCUGAGGCUCGCGUCCGAGCUGCCGAACGAGAUUUCCGCACCCUAUGAAGUACCGCAAUUCCCGAUCGAGCAGAUCGAGAAGAAACUUUUGAUCCAACGACAACUGACCGUCAAAGCUGCGAAGGACCUUGAGGAACGUCGCAGUCAUUACGAGCCGUCGCUUCAUCCGGGAGUACCCGAUGACACCGAUCACAGCUUCAAAAUCGAAGAAAAUGACUUCGUACCCCACUUCCAACGAGUCUCCAUUUCCGGAGAGGAUACUUCCGGAGUACCUCUGGAAGACCUUCAAAGAGCCUCGAAAAUGUUGGUGCAAGCGUUGGCGAUACGCGACAAAUACAUGAGCAACUCCAAGCAGAGCUUCCCUUCCAUCACGUCGCGAUUUUUACGUAGCAUCGAUAAGAGACCGUUCACCACGGACGAUGAAGUUCAUCACGACGAUCGUAAAGCUAUCGAAGGGAAAGAGCCGCUGGAUAUUGCGAACGAAAUCAGGGAAGCUCGAUCCGACGCGGACAUCGACGCGCUGAUCAAAGACGUCUCACGGACAGAUCAUCCGGUACACGCGCCCGCGUCCCGGGGCGAUCCGUGGGAGUGCGAAUUUCCGGCGACGAAAAAUUACAGGAUCGCGCCGAUCAACGGCGUGUUCAACGUGUUUGCAAACGACGACGACCUGGCCGCCGGCAAACCGAUUCCGUACUCGUAUCCGGAUCUGGCGACUUUUGUUCAGGACAUGAACCUGUUGUGCGCGAUGAUAGCCGAUGGACCUCUCAAGUCCUUCUGCUAUCGGAGACUGAGCUACCUCUCGUCCAAGUAUCAGUUGCACGUGCUGCUGAACGAGCUCAGAGAACUCGCGAGCCAGAAGGCCGUUCCUCAUAGAGACUUCUACAAUAUUAGAAAGGUCGAUACUCACAUUCAUGCGGCUUCGUGUAUGAAUCAGAAGCAUCUGCUCAGGUUCAUUAAGAAAACAUUGAAGAACCACGCGGACGAAGUGGUGACUUGCUCGAAAAGCGGGGAGACCAUGACAUUACGAGAAGUUUUUCAGUCUAUGAAUCUGACAACCUACGAUUUGAGCGUUGACAUGUUGGACGUACACGCAGACAGAAACACGUUUCACAGAUUUGACAAGUUCAACGCAAAGUACAAUCCGAUCGGUGAAAGUCGGUUGCGCGAGGUCUUCCUGAAGACCGACAACUAUUUGAACGGCAAAUAUUUUGCUAGGAUAAUCAAGGAAGUAGCAAGCGAUCUUGAAGAGUCGAAAUAUCAGAACGCCGAGUUGCGUCUUUCUAUAUACGGUAAGAGUCCGGAAGAGUGGGACAAGUUGGCCAAAUGGGCGAUUCAUGGCGAUGUCUAUUCGGACAACGUACGCUGGCUCAUACAGAUUCCUAGAUUAUACGAUAUUUUCAAGCUCAACAAACUCAUGACGAACUUUCAAGAGAUCAUCAAUAAUAUUUUUCUGCCGCUUUUUGAGGUGACCAACGAUGCGAAUUCUCAUCCAGAGCUGCAUAAAUUUCUUCAAUAUGUGAUAGGUUUUGAUUCCGUAGACGACGAAAGCAAACCGGAAAAUCCUCUCUUUGACAAGGACGUUUCUCCACCCGCGGAAUGGGACGACGUGGAAAAUCCACCGUACGGAUAUUACCAGUACUACACUUACGCAAACAUGACGGUUCUCAAUCACUUUAGAGCAGAGCAAGGCUUGAACACGUUCGUUCUGAGACCUCACUGCGGCGAAGCCGGACCGGUUCAACAUCUCGUGUGCGGAUACAUGAUGGCGGAGAAUAUUUCGCACGGUUUGCUGCUCAGGAAGGUCCCCGUACUUCAGUAUCUGUACUACUUGGCGCAGAUCGGCAUCGCGAUGUCGCCGCUCAGUAACAAUUCGCUUUUCUUGAACUAUCAUCGCAAUCCGCUUCCGGAGUAUCUCGCCAGAGGACUGUGUAUAAGCUUGUCUACCGAUGACCCUCUUCAAUUCCAUUUUACCAAGGAACCAUUGAUGGAAGAAUACAGUAUUGCCGCCCAAGUGUGGAAGCUCAGUUCGUGCGACAUGUGUGAGUUGGCACGUAACUCCGUUCUCAUGAGCGGUUUUCCGCACAAGAGCAAGCAGUACUGGCUGGGACCGAACUACACGAAGGAGGGAGUUGCCGGUAACGAUAUCACGCGAACCAACGUGCCGGAUAUACGGGUGGCCUAUCGAUACGAGACUCUGGUCGACGAACUGUCCAAUAUCUUCAAGGUCGUAGAGAAACCUGAGUCACUUCCAUUUUAAUAAAUUGAUUGUCGAUCGGAAUCGAGCGCGUCACGGCGCUUAUAUUAUUAUAUAUACACGACGGCAAUGGCAUUCGGUUUAUAAACGAAUUACAAUUGUAUUCACGCGACCUACCCUUGCAAUUCUUGGUCUCUCUUGUUAGAUAGAGGGGAAGAGCUGACACGGAUAUCAGUUCCAAUAAAAUUUGGAUCACUCGAAUUACGCUUUAGACAAAGUUUAAUUUCGAGGAUAAAUAAUUUUUGCAAUUAGAGUUUUAGAUUGAUGAUGAGAGGCAAGCGUUGCGUCUAUAUAUAUUUUAUAUAUUUUUUUACAAAGACCUCGACUGCAAGGGCGAGUCAAAAAAUUAAUAUGUACACGUAUGUUGACCAAUUUACUAAUAACUGUUAUAAAAGAUAAUUAAUUUCUUCUUUCAACAUAAUCACGCAUCUAUAAUAAUAUUGUAAUACGAAACUGCGCUAAAAAGUCGAGUAUCACAAUACUUUAGUGUUAAGUAUGGCUUAGAAGAAGAAAUCUAUUGUUUUCUUUUUCAAAUAUCUCGGCUGUGUUCGACAACAGCGAUAUGUAUUUUUUCCUGAGAUUUAGUCUUAUUCUCUUUUUGUACAUUUAUAUUAUGAAAUUGUGUAAUUUCGACAUUUGUUUUUAGUGAGCAUUCAAACAGCGCUGGCUCGUAUGCGGACAAUUUAACUUAUACACAAAUGUAUACACUCACACAUACACACAACUAUGUGCAUAGUUUUUUUUCGUACAUCGUAGAUAGGAAUUUAGUUCAAAUUAUAGAUAAUAAAAACGAAGAAAAAUUUCGUUUUCGUACGACCUCUACAUGCGUGCCAAGCUAUGAUCCGGCGGUGAGAUACGUGUCUCUUAAUUUUAAAGCUAAAUGUUUUUUUUCUGUUUGCAGAGAAAAACAAACUUUUUCGAACAACGAGCCUAAUUAAGCGACGUAUGUUGAUCACUCGAACAUUGUGUAACCUGAUGCUGUAUUUAAAUUGUUGUUAGGUAGAGAAGAAAAAGAAAAUAUAUUUAUUGUAAAAAGUAUAUAUUAUGAAAACAGAAAUAUACUUGCAUCGUUAAAAUUGA